UUUGUUUGUUUGUAAAAUCUCAAAAUUCUGGUUGUUUGGGACUCGAGCUUUGAUUGUCGUCUGUAAAACAUACUUUUUAUGGCGUCACACUUCUUUAAAAAUACAAUUUUUUGUACCGAGACCUUGAUUACCGUCCCUCUAUAAAUAUAAAAUUACGAUUUCUCUCUUCCCACGAAUCUCUCUCCUCUGAUAUGGGAUCUCAAACUGGUUUCGAUCAUGGAAGCGUACGAACGUUUAAAAUGUUGCAACCCUCUCAAUGGGAUGAUUACUUCCUUUACGCCCCGAUCGAUGAAUUGGAACUCGAUGUCUUUGCAAGCGAACUUGAAGCAAUCAAGCCCAACGUCAGGGACAUGCUCAUGUCCUCUUCCCCAGCAGAAUUAGGUCAUGGCUCCGCGAAGCGGAAAGUACUUUUGAUCUAUUUGAUGACCAGUCUUGGCGUUGCCUAUCAUUUUGAGAACGAGAUAGAAAAGACCUUGGCACACGCCUUUGAAAAGAUAGAUGAUAUGAUUGCAAAUGAGCAUGACCUUUACACAAUAUCCAUCUUCUUUUGGGUUUUCAGAACAUAUGGUUACAACAUGUCGGCUGAUGCCUUCAAGAGAUUCAAAGGGGAUGACGGAAUGUUUAUGGACUCCUUAGCCAAGGAUGCUGAGGGCAUGUUGGGCUUGUAUGAAGCCGCUCAUUUGAGGACGACAAGAGAUUAUAUAAUGGACGAAGCACUGAGUUUCACAAUGGAACAUAUGGAGUCGUUGGCAGGACGAGCAAGGCCUCAUCUCUCAAGGCUUAUACAGAAUGCUCUUGGUCUUUCUCAACACUGGAAUAUGGAGAUAUUAGUUGCUAUGGAAUUUAUCUCAUUCUACGAACAAGAAGAAGACCAUGACGAGACACUAUUCAAGUUUUCCAAGCUCAAUUUCAAGUUACUACAGCUUAUAUACCUUAAAGAGCUCAAAAUGGUUACGAAAUGGUACAAGGAGCUCGACUUUGCAUCUAAGUUGCCACCAUAUUACAGAGACAGAAUCGUGGAGUUACAUUUUUUUGUGAUAUCGAUGUACUUUGAGCCACAAUUCUCAAGUGCGAGGAUUAUGUUGACUAAGUUCUACACGGUCGAAACCAUUACCGACGACACCUUCGAUCGAUAUGCAUCUAUCUCUGAAGCUGAAAGCCUCGCCAAUAGUCUAGAAAGGUGGGCUCCUGAUAAAGACAUGGAUACACAACCAGAUUACUUGAAAUUCGUGUUUAAAUUUAUUCUGGAUGCAUUCAAAGAUUUCGAAAGAGAAGUAAGGUCAGAAGGAAGAUCUUACAGCGUGAAAGGUACAAUAGAAGAGUUCAAAAGACUCGUGAAAUCCAACCUUGACCUUGCCAAAUGGGUGCAAAUCGCUCAUGUGCCUAGCUUUGAGGAUUAUAUGGAGGUCGGUGAGGUAGAGAUCACGAUGUAUGCGACUAUGGCAGGCACUUUGAUGGGUAUGGGACAUAUUGCUACGAAGGAAACUUAUGAGUGGCUGAAAUCAAGACCCAAACUCAUCCAAUCAUUAUCUAUUAAUGGGCGUCUGAUGAAUGACAUGGCCGGUUUCGAGGAUGACAUGAGUAGAGGAUAUGUGACUACUGGUGUCAACUGUUAUAUGAAGCAAUUUGGAGUUACAAAAAGCGAAGCUUUUAAGAAGCUUCAUCAAAUGCGUGUAGACAACGACAAAAUAGUGAACGAAGAGUUGUUGAAGAUAAAAGAUGUGCCAAAGAGAGUUCUAAAGGAAGCCAUCAAUUGUGCACGCAUGACCCACGUUGCCUACGGUUACGGUGAAGGAUUAACACAUCCUGAAGGAAAAAUUAAGGAAUAUAUUAUUGCUCUCUAUAUUGAUCUGAUUCGUCUGUAAAGACUUUGAUUGGAACCACUGUUAACAUAAUGCGUGUGGCCACUGGUUUGGCAUCUGCCGCAUGAGCUAUAUACAGUCAAACCUCUAUAAAUUAAUAAUGUUGGGACUA